AUGCUGAAUCCUUUCGGUCACCGGGCUGCCCCUACCAGCAUCAGCGCCAUUGCCGCCGGUUUAUCGAUUCUACUCUCGCUCCAAUCACCGUCAUCGUCACAUGGUCGAUCCUGUGUAUCAGCGGCUGGAAUCGGGCCUGCAAUCUCCUCCAACUUCCCAGAUCCAGGCCUGGCACUCGACACGAGCAGAAGCACGAGCGGCAACGGUUCCCUUCAUGGCACCUGGUAUGCCUUCAGCACCCAGACCGGCGAGAUCAAUGUGCAAAUGGCGUCGUCGCCAGACUUUUCCACCUGGACGCUGCAUCAAGGCUACGACGCUUUGCCCACGUUACCAAGCUGGGCACGCAAGCCACCCGACGCUGGCGUCUGGGCGCCGGACGUCAACCAACGACCCGACGGCUCCUGGGUCAUGUACUUUGCGGCCGUAGGGCGCUCUCACCCGCAGAAACACUGCAUCGGAGUUGCGACCUCGCCCGACGUGCAAGGCCCUUAUACGCCGGUCGAGGAUCCCAUCGUGUGUGAGCUCGCGCGCGGUGGCAACAUCGACCCGAAUCUCUUCGUCGACCCCGUCAACAAUGAGAGCUACCUCGUUUACAAGGUCGACGGCAACGCCAUUGGCCACGGAGGCGCGUGCGGCAACACGAACGCCCCCGUGCAGCCCACGCCGUUGUACCUCCAGCUGAUGGACCAAGAGGACCUCACCACCCCCGUAGGCAAGCCGGUCUACCUCUUCUCCAACAUGCAGAGUUUCAAGCAAGACGGCCCCAACGUCGAGCGGCCGUGCAUGGUCUUCCGCAAGAACACGUACUACCUGCUGUAUAACGCCCAAUGCUACGCCAGCUCCAACUACCGCAUCGACUACGUGAGCUGUGUCGUCGGCGUCGACACCCACUCCGGCGUCCUAGGCUGUGACUGGGACGCGCUGAAAGCCAAGCAACAACUCUCGCCGCACCACACGCUGCUUCACACCGGAGACACCGUGUCCGGCACUAAACUCUACGCGCCCGGCAGCAUGGAUGUAAGUCCCGAUCAGAGACGGGUCGUCUUCCACGGCGACGUCAACCUCGACUGGUUCGCUCCUCACCGUCCCAGUUCCGUCAAACGCGAUCGAGCCAUGUUCGCGGGCGAGAUUGAUUUUGUCAAGUCGGAUUUACGCAUCACUAAGCUCUUCUGA